GUUUGGGUUGCCUGUGUUGUGUUUGUGUCGAGUCAGUCGUGUUACAUCGAAAGAUGUCGGUACAGGAGGUUUUAUACUCGCUUUGCGAGUACGUUAGCAUCGGAAAUGUGGUGCUACUGCUCCUGUGUAUGAUAAUAGGAAAUUUUCUUUGGAGUUUGUAUGACUUUCGUGGCAUGCCUCCGGGCCCAAGAGCGACGAGAGCUCCGAUCAUUGGCAACUUGCUUAGCUUUGAUCGCGGGGCAGGGGACUUAAGAAAUAUGACGAACAGCUUGCGGAAGCACUAUGGUGGCAUUUUUGCUUUACAAGUUGGAAGCUGGAGAAUGGUUUUUGCUGGGUCACCAGAUGCUGUAAGGGAAGUCUUGGUGAAGAGAUCUGCUGACUAUGCCGGGCGCCCGCCUUUCCACAGCUUUCAUCUGGAAACCAAGGGGGGUAAGGACAUUGCCGUAGGAAACUACGGACCAGCUUGGAGAAUGCAUCGCAAGUUGUUUACAACUUCCCUUCGCUACUACCUCCACAAUGUCCCAUUACUGGAAUCACACAUCUCCAGACAAGUUAAAAAGCUUGUGGCACUGUUUGAUGAAGAAAAGGGAAGUGCGUUUAAUCCUGCUGUACUGAUUAAACAGAGUGUUGCUGAUGUUAUUACCAAGAUGACGUUUGAUGAAGCCUUUAAUGCAUCUCAUCCAAGUUUUGACAAGUUUUUCAAGACUUUGUUGUACUCCAUGGAAGAUGUUGAUCUUAACACGCAGAGAGUUGCCCUUGAUUUUUUCACCUUUACAAAGUAUCUCCCAUUUGAGACUUACCGAAAGACCAAAGAAAUGGCUGAUUAUGUGUUCAAUGUCUUGAAGGAGGUUGUUGAUGAGAGAAAUAAAACCUUUGACCCCUCCCAGCCGACCACAGACCUCCUUACAGCACUGCUCAAGGCAAGACUUGAGGCUGAAUUUGAUACCAUAGAAGAAAAACAGGUGUUGCUGGCAGACAAGUACCUUUUAAACACACUUACCGACAUGUUUAUUGCUGGCUAUGCUACAGUGAGCGACACAUUACGCUGGUUGAUUGUUUACCUUGUGAACUACCCACACAUCCAGGAAGAGAUCCACAAUGCCUUGGAUAAGGUGGUUGGUUCGGAUAGAACGCCAUCACUUGAUGACCGCCAACAGCUUUCAAUCAUUCAAGCAACUAUCAUGGAGACACUGCGGUUUACUGCAGACUUUACGCUGCCCCACUACACGUUAAAGGACACCUCCCUGUGUGGAUACCGUGUGCCAAAGGACUCUGUUGUCAUGGUUGACAUCAAGUCAGUUCACAUGGACCCCAAAUGCUGGGAGAAUCCCACAGAAUUCAACCCUCACCGCCAUAUUGAUGACAAAGGUGAGCUGAUUGUGAACCAGGGCAACUGGUUGCCGUUCUCUGCUGGCAGACGUGUUUGUGCUGGCGAGCCACUUGCCAAGAUUGAGGUCUUCCUGUACAGCUCCUGGCUGCUCCACAAGUUCCGUUUCAUCGGUGAAGAGGGAAAGCCUCCUCCAUCACUCGUUCCCAACAGGGGAUUUACCGUAAUCCCUAAACCAUAUAAGAUCCAUGCAGUACGACGCCAUUAAUGACCUCCUCAAUCCACCCAGUCAUCCCUGGACAGGACAUGUUUGAGGCUAUCCAAUAUAUAAGCCACCCCCCCCCCCCCCCGAAUAAUCACCUCGCCUAAACAGGUUGCAAGUACUAACGGAAACUAAAAGUAGUACCCGCCACAAUAUGUGAUCAUUGCAAGCUUGUUUUGCUAUGUUUCUAGGACGAACUGCACACUGUAAAAAAAUAAUAAUAAAACAUACUUUUUAUCUCAGAGACAAAAACGGAUGUUUGUAUAAUCGAGCGUAAUCUUAGCUACUAUCCCGUGACGCAAACAGUCCCCGACGUGCUAUCCGAAACCUGCCCGACUAACUUUAAAGCAACGUAGCUUGACCGGUUUUCUGUUAUUAAUUUUUUUUUUUUUUUUCACCACACUUGGAUUAUCUUAGGAUUGAUCCAUAUUAUCCUGCACUCGGUUUAUAUAAUGACCCAUAGUACCUUUCGAUCGUACUCUAUUUACCAAUUGCAGUUUGCACUAUUAUUAAUGUUUACCGUAUCAGAUUGAUCUGUCUUGUAUGCUAUUAGAAAUAAAUUUCACUCGUUAUUUUAA